AUGAUUCGAACUCAAAUACCGCCUUGCUCUCUCUCUCGACGUUUCCAUGGAUCUGGAGGAAAGGUGACAUUUGAUUCAUCCUACCGAAAAGACGAUGUAGUGUAUAGGACUUUCCAAGAGUUGGGGCAUGGACACUUUUCAUUCAGCCGACAUUCCCUGUCAAGCAAGUCCUGUCGCAGAUCAAGAUUGCACCGAAAACCCAACGACGACAUAGGUCGCAGCUAG